CUGACAUAGCGUUAUAUUACAGUUUCAUUGGCAUACACCAUGACGUCGCGAUCCAAGCUUAGCCUCCAAGUAGGAUGGGCAAUCACAUUUUUAUUCUGUCUAUCUUUUGCUACAUCAGCACAGCUGCCCAACGCAAAUAUUCAAGUUUUAAACAAGCUGAUUAGAGAAAAGCUACUAAUGAAGGUGAUACCCGAAUUGCAGACUUCCUGGGACGCGAUCCAGACUCUACAACUGUCGUCACAGAACUGUAAGGGGCGGAUAACAACUUAUCAAGCAUGCGCAGAUUGCACCAAUAACAACUGCAUCAAUCGAUACACUGAAUGCAAGAUUGGGUCGAAGAAAAGACUUGGUUUGUGUGACAUCGUGGGAUUUGACCAGAAAGAUAUCUGUGCGCUGACCGUUAACUCUGAAAAGUUCAUGUUAAAUGUUGUCACAAAUAUAAAAGACAGGUUAAGCGCAAACUUACGAUAUGCCAUGUACGACAUGGGCUCUUCAAUUCAACAGUUCAUUGUGCUUUUGGGUAAUUAUGUCAACAGUUGGUCAUCAAGCACUGCUUUUAAGCUCCAAAACGGUAUUAAACAGAUUCAAACCCGUUAUACAAUCGAAAAUGAUCGCUUGAUGGCAGACAUCAGUUACAUUUCUCCCGAGGAAGUGAUUUUAAGGGACAUGUCAUCAGCAAUGAAUAUUGGGAUGGAGAAGCUUGGGGCCAGUAUUCCUAACAGGGGAUCUUUUUCAUACGAUCUGUCAAGAACCCUUGCUGAUUUACUGAGUGUGCAUUUUCAUCUUGGGAGGAAGAAAAGGGCAGUAGCGUGCAACGCACUUUCAACAGGCUUAGCAUCAUGUCUGUCCUUUCGCGACAAGUGUCAAGCCUGCAGGUCAUCGCCAAAGUCAAAGCCAAUUACUGCAGCCUGUGGAGCCGCGUAUGUGUCUAAAGCAAAACGUAUGGUGAAUUCCUUGACAAGGACGGUUCAAAUAUAUGAAGAGGUCCUAUCCCGAGUAGGAUUUGUUCAGUCGGCGUUUUAUAACCGACCUUCUUUCAACACUCAGGAAAUAAAAUAUCCAAACACAAGAUUUACAGUAGGAAUCCAAAGCAAGUCAACGCCAAUCGUUUCAGAUUUCCACGUCUUCGCCAUGCAAACAACAGCAGAGCAGCUUGCCAAUACAAUCUGGAGUGAAUGGAUAAAAAUGAAUCCUGUGUAAUGGCUAUUAAACGUAUUAGGAUAUUGAGUAGCUUUCUCGAUGACAACUUGUUGCUAAUCAAAAAUAGUUCAAAUAAAACAAUCUUGGAAAUAGUGUAGAUCUACACUAAUAACAGUGUUAUCUACGGUUGAUAAAAUAUAUUUUCACAACUAGGAACCAGGAAUUGUUCGGUUACAUAUCUAGUUAUGAUACAUAAUUAUCAUAAAAAUAAUAAAAACAUCCUCA